GCAGCGUUUUAAUCUUGUCUUGCAAGGCUCGGAGCCGAGUGCAGUUUUCUUUACAUGGCCCCGACGGGAGGAACGCUAGCUGGGGUGGCUGCCCCCCGGCGUGUGCCCUCACUGAGGCUCGAGUCCUAAGUGUGGACUCCUCUCCAACCUUAUCUCUCGUUUCCCUCCAAGCGCUUUUCCCGAGAAGAUAUGACCGAGUAGCUCCCCGCGCAAGGGCGGGAUUUGCUUGGGAUUUUCUUCAUGGAAGCGAUGUCCCCCCAGCAGGAGACUCUGGGGGGGCAGCCAGGGCGAUCCUCUUCUCUGACUGGGGAGUCCAGGAUCGUGGGUGACACGGAGAGCAAAAAGAAAAUGAAAACACUAGCAGAGAGGAGAAGGAGUGCUCCAUCCCUCAUCCUUGACAAAGCCCUGCAGAAACGGCCCAGUAGCAAGGAGAGUCCAUCUGCCAACUUGGACCCAUGUGUAUUUCUCAAUUCUUUUACUGGUUCCAGCAGGACCCUGCUGAUUGACGGUCGUGUUGAACUCAAAAGGGGCCUGCAGCGUCAGGAACGACAUAUCUUCCUCUUUAAUGAUUUGUUCGUUGUGACCAAGGUCAAGUAUAACAACAAUCUUAAGAUAAAAAAUAAAAUAAAAUUAAGUGAUAUGUGGACAGCAAGCUGUGUGGAUGAAGUGGGUGAAGGGAAUACCAAUACUAUGAAGUCAUUUGUUUUAGGAUGGCCUAUUGUCAACUUCGUUGCCACUUUCAGCUCUCCAGAACAAAAGGAAAAGUGGUUGUCUCUUCUCCAAAGAUAUAUUGAUGAAGAGAAGGAGAAGGAUCAUCCAAAGAACAUUCCCCUGAAAAUCUUUGCAAAGGACAUUGGGAAUUGUGCUUAUUCCAAAACAAUAACAAUCACGAAUUCUGACACAGUGAAUAAAGUCAUCACCAUGGCCCUGCCAAUGCUAGGGAUAAAUGGUUCUGCAAAAGACUACCAACUCUGGGUGAAUUCUGGGAGAGAAGAAGCUCCAUAUCCACUCAUUGGUCAUGAGUAUCCUUAUGGAAUUAAAAUGAGCCACCUUCGAGACACUUCAUUCCUGAUGCAGGGAUCAAAGGACUCACCAUCCCCUUUGGACUUCCAGGAGUCCUUCCUCAUGGAGCAGCUGCCCCGGGAGAUGCAGUGCCAGUUCAUCCUGAAGCCCAGCCGCCUGGCCAGGAGUCAACCACUGACUGAUCCCAGCCAGAAGACGUUCAAAAGAAGAAGAUCUAUCAUAAAUUGGGCCUUUUGGCGAGGCUCCAGUACUCACCUGGACAACAUGCCAGUGUCUCCAACAUCUCCGAUGCCAGGGCAGCUCUUUGGGGUUUCACUGUCAGAAAUCUGUGAGAAUGACAACCUCCCCAAACCUGUUUUGGACAUGCUUUCCUUUCUGAAUCAAAGAGGGCCUCUCACGAAAGGCAUUUUCAGGCUGUCUGCGAAUAUCAAAUCCUGCAGAGAGCUGAAGGAGAAACUUAACUCAGGAGCUGAGGUGGAUUUAGACGGUGAAUCCAUUUUUGUGACAGCAUGCGUCUUAAAGGAUUUUCUUCGAAACAUUCCAGGAAGUAUUUUUUCAUCUGAUCUCUUUGACGAGUGGGUCUGCAUCUUGGAUCAAGGGAAUGAUGAAGAGAAGAUAAACAGAGUUCAGAGGCUAAUGGAGCAGCUUCCUAGAGCCAAUGUUGUUCUUCUGCGGUAUCUAUUUGGGAUGUUGCACAACAUUGAACAACAAUCGUCAUCAAAUCAAAUGACAGCUUUUAAUCUGGCAGUGUGCAUUGCUCCCAGCAUUCUUUGGCCACCAUCUUCUGCCAGUCCUGAGCUGGAGAAUGAAUUCACUAAAAAGGUCUCUCUACUUGUACAAUUUCUAAUUGAAAAUUCCUGCAGAAUAUUUGGAGAAGAAAUCACUUCUCUCUUGAGAGAGAUUUCAAUCAGCUGUGACAGAGACAAUGCCUCAGGUAUGUCUGGCUUCCAGAUGAAUGACUCUUCCUACGACAGCUUAGAAAAUGAGCUGAAUGAUGAGGUAGAUGCUCCUUGCAGUGACCUGGUAAAGAAGCUGGGUCAGGACAGCCGUAGCAUGGACUCUGUCUUAACACUGAGUGACUGUGAUUUGGACCAACCCGAAUCAGAAGGCAUUUUAACUCUGAGCGAUUUUGACUUGGACCAGCCUAGAAAUGAAGAAAUUCCGCUGAAGCACCGUUCUAAAUCCAAGCCCUUGAGCAUUCCAGUGGCAUCCUGCAGUAAGAUUUCAGCACAAGACUGUUCCAAGAACAUGCCAGUUGGCACAAACACACUUGGUCACUUCUCGACAGCUGCAAUAGAUGCUCUGAAAAACUGGAGGAAACACAGGCGCUGUUCUGAGCCCAGCAUAGACUACGUGGACUCCAAGCUUACUUAUCUCAGGGAGUUCUAUCAGAAGAAGCUCCGCAAGUCCAGCUGUGAUGCUAUUCUCUCCCACCGAGAUGAAGACAGUCACAAACAGCCCCAGCCCUCACAAGGAGGGCUUAGUUUAGUCACUCAGACUGAAGUGGAGAAGAAAAAUACCACCAACCAAAACGUGAAGAAAAAAGCCUUUUUUAGUCAUGAAGGUACUCCAGUAAGACUUCCCUUCAAAUCCAAACCUGUGACCAUUUCUGUGGCCUCCCAUAGUAAUAUUUCGUUGCAGGGUCAUUCUAAAAGCCAAACCCUUGGCCCCGACCACUCCGGAUAUUCCCCAUCAAACACAACACUUGGACUCAGAAGUUUGCAAAGGCAUAGGCGCUGCUCAGAGCCAAACAUAGACUACCUAGACUGCAAACUCACCUAUCCCAGGGGGGUUUCUCCAAAGAACAUACAUAAGACAAGCUGUGAUACUGGCCUCUCAUUUGGCGAUGAGGAUUAUCUCAAGCGCCACCAGUCUUUGCAAGUAGAAGGUCAAAAACUGAUUAAUCAGAGUUUGAUUAUGGGGAUUGAGGUGGGUAAGAGUAAUGCCUCAAACCAAAAUGUAGAAAAGAUGUUGCCUGUUACUCCACCACGGUUAAAUGCUUGCUCAAGAACUAGCUAUUCUAGUUUGUCAUCACCUGGAACGUCGCCAUCAGGUUCUUCGGUGAGCUCUCAAGAUAGCGCUUUUUCCCAGAUUUCUGAACACUCAGUCUUUAUUCCCACAGAAACCUCUUCACCAGUUGAUUGCACUUUUUCAACUCUAAGGAAACAGGGGGAACUCUCUCCUGACUUCUGCAGCCCUUUUUCUGGGAUAUUCAACCCUACCCCAGGAUCAGCCAGCAACCACCCACUUUGUAUUAAAAAAGACAGCGUAGAGUGGUCUUCUCAAAUGCAGCCCUUAACCCUUCAGCCUAGCACAUGGUUAAGGAAUGGAGUGGCCACUUUGAAAAACUGGUCCCUCAAAAAGAAGACGAAGGCUCCUAGGCUAGAGAUAAAGAAAGCAAAUUCCAUAAAAGGAGCCUUGGAGGAGCCAGUAUCUUCUGAAGUCUCAGAAGCCAGUCUGCUCCAGGAGACACAGGUGGAUGCAACCCUGAGAAUCUCCAACCUAGUCAGUGCUGUAGAACCAGACGACCUCUGUAAUCCCUAUGUUUGCCAGGAUUCUGAGGACCAUGGUAGCUUACUAAUCAGUUCCACGGAUGAAAGACUUAAACUCCAUAUGAAGCCAACCAAGGAAGUGGAGGGUGACAGCCAAUGUUCUCCUGGUGCUCAACCCCUGGAGAAUCCCCCACUAGGAAGCAUACUGAACCCAGCCUCCAGUGUUGGGUAUCCAGAGACUUCAGUAGCAUGUAGUGAUGGGCUGGGACAUAGAACCAAAGACAUUUAACCAAAGUAGACUGUGACACCCACUGGAAUGGCUGGUUCAGAUUCCUUAAUCAGAUGCAUGGUGUAGGUUGCCUAAGGACAACCACAGUUUACUUUUAGUAUAAUAAAAGAUUUUUUUGAGAGGCAUUAAAGUCCUUUGUGGGGGAGGGAGAGGGAAUUUUUUUUUCCUCUGUCUUCUAAAAUUGGGUCACUGGGGUGUUUGGGUAGCUCUUCCCUUUUAUAAUCAGUAGUGAAAUGAGUCCCUCCCUAUUUAUGUACAUUUAUGUUUCAUCCUGAAGGAAGAGGCAAACUCUGCUGAAGGAGGUGUUAUGUCAACAUCUUGUGACCAGUAACCCAAGGCUAAGAUCAAGGAGCAGUAAAUUAAACUAGAUGGGAACCAGGAGCCAGAAAUCAUCCCUAUUCCAUGAGGUGUUUGGAUUGAUGGUGUAGGAACAAUCGGAAUUGAAGAAAAUCCAGGGGAACAAUGACCAUCCAGGCAUUAUGAGGACAGUAACAGCUAAGGUCUCUGGUCACUGUCUUUGACUGUGGGGUCACGGUAUCUCUAGCUAGAAGGAACUCUGUAUCUAUUCCAAUAACUUCUUUUUAUAGAAGAGACAGAUCCAGAGAGUUAACUGAGACUUACUCAUGUCAUACAGAUAAUAAAUAGCAGAGCCAGGUUUUGAAUCCACACUCCACCCCUCCCUUUGAUAGGGAAAAACAUAGAUGUAUAGAAAUGACAACCCCACCCCCAAGUACACAAAAGUACAGUGUAAAGAUGUUUACUGUGAAAGUUUGUUGGUUUUUUUUUAAAUAUCACUUUUUAUUUGAGUAAGAUGUUUUACUAUUGCUGCUCUCAUCCUCUUGGUCACUUUCACUGUUCUUUUAUGGAAAGCAAGAUCCCAGGCUGUAGUCAGGUUUUGUGCAAGUUAGAUUAGGAAGAAGAGAGUAUCUUGAUAAUUCACAAAGACCCCAACAGCCAGAGCCGUGAGGAGAAAGGCUGGUACAGAUCAGUGAUUCCCAUAGGUUCUUCAUAGGUCAGGGUAUCAAGGAGAGGAACUCCUGUCUCCCACGGCCUUGUGGAUAUCUCCUCCCCAGCAGAGCACUUUGUUUAAAUCUCUCGUGGCAUUCAUCCAACCCUACUUUGUACUGGUGGCUCCUUAUGUACUUGUCUUCUCCCUGUGCAUGAACUGUCAAUUCCUCAAGAACAGGAAUGGGGUCUUCACUGUAGCACCCCCCACCCCCCAGGACUCCUAGCAAGGUUAGUGCCUUGCACAUAGUAGGUGCCUGAUCAACAUUUGUUUCAUCAAAUGGAUAUCUUCUCCCUUAUAAUUCAAAAGUGAUACCACUUGUGGCAUGUGGCUGAACCAGUACCUGAAGCUGAUUUGUGGCUGUGGUCCUGCUCACCUUGCACACAUGGUCUUAAUCAUCUGUUGAGAGUACUGAAGAUGUUGUUCCUUGUGACUCUGGCUGAUCUCUUCCCAAGUUGUCCAAAAUCUUUGCUCAAAAAGAGCUGUCCCAUCCCAGUUACUGCUUCUAGGGGUAUAUGGGGACUCUAAAAGCAAAGAUGAGAAGGUUGGAGGGAAUAGAACAAACACCCACAAUAGGUGGUGGGAAAGAAGGUACAACCUGUUUUUCUGACAGUCAUUGUGCCUUUGCCUUUCUGAGUCCCAUGAAUUUUUCUGCAUCCUGACCACCUCAAACUUAUGGAAAAGGAAAAGUUUUGGUCUUCAAUAUUUUAAACCUGGCUCACCAAUGCAUCUUUGGGCACAUGGCUUUCCCUAGAAUAGGCACUCAUGAUUCUCCUCAGCGGGCAGCCCCAUUACCUAGUUUUGCCAUCCAACAUGAACAUUUACUCAGAGGAAGUUUCUCUCCCUCUCCACCACCCAGAACUCACUGACUCUAAAAUGGAACUGCCUCCAUAGUUUUCCACAGGGUUCAACCCCUCAGCCUUAGGAUGUGCCCUUCCCAUUGACAGGCUCUCUGGUCAGGCACAUCUCAAUACUUACCCAUGGAAAAUUGCACUGAACUCAUUUUGUCCCUUUGUUCUACCAUCAAAUGAACUGUUUGCCCAGGAACUAGCCAUUUCCCAUGAUCUUUCUCCAUCCAGUUAAGGGGAAACUCUCAAGGCAAGCAUCUCUUCUUCUGCUAUUUACUAUCAGACAUACUCUCUUACCCAGACUGCACUUUUCAAUGGCAGAACAGAGUUUUCUCCAAGGCAACAAAAAUCCUUUACUAUUAACUUAAGUGCUACUUCUUUCUGUUCAUUUCAAUUCAAUUCAGCAAACAUUUGCUAAGCACCUACUGUAUGCCAGGACUGGGGAUACAAAACAGAAAGUAACAGCCACUUCCAUCAAAACUGCUUUUCUACUUAAAGGAUGUGGCUCUGUCCUUGCCCACACAACCAUGAUUCCCUGCCCAUCUCCAAAGUUGACCUGGUCAAACUUGGAAAGAUCCCCAUUCUUUAAACACUGGCCAUUUCAAUCAAAGAUUGGAUGCCAGUUUUGCCCUAGGACCACUUGCGUUAAGCCUCAUAAGUGUCUGUGUGUGUCUUUUGUGGUAUAGUUAUUAAAAUGUCUGAAAUUACCAGAGGCUUCCAUUGGCAUAAGGAAAUGCUGUCAAAGCCACGGAUGAGAAUGUGGUGAUUGUGGCUUGUAAUAUAUUCUUGGAAAGAAAUUGCUCUCUCCUUAUGAAAAUUUUGGUUCCACAGUUCCAAUCUUUUCCCUUUAUUUCAUAACAGAAAAAAAAAUCCAACAACCUUAUUUAAAGUAUAGAAAGAAAUACUGUUAGCUAGAUGCCAAGUCUCUUCAGUAACCAUUCCUACUGGGUAUAAAUCAUCUGUUGUACUUCCUUAGCUGUUCUCUUGAUGUUUAAAUGUGAAUAGUUUGUUAAUAUGGCUGUAAAGUGUCCUAUUGUAUGAUUCGCAGGCAGAACACACGUCAUUUUAUUAUACUGUCAUCUUAUAAUAUAUUAAACUAAUGCUUUAUCUAAGA